GCUGAAUUAAAUUUGUAUACUCAUUUCUUAAUAUGAUAUUUGUCUUGGGAACUAUUUGAUUAAAUUUCAAAAAUGGGACUGUAAAGAUCAGCAAGAAAAUCCAUCACCUUGAACUGGAAUAUUCCGGGUCGGCCUCGGUGGUUAACGUCCAUAAGUGGUUGCGUCAAUCAAACUCGGGAACUAAGAUAGUUAGAACUCAAUCCCAGUGUCAGGAUUAUUCAUCAAUGAUCCUCCGCAGCACAACCGUUAGGUGAGACGCAGGAACGGUCAAGUGAUUUUAACACUUCCUACCGGUCGUAUAACUACCUUUCAAACCUGCUAAGCUAAAACAUGGCCGCGAAGAUUGGAUCGUUUCGGCAUAGUUUUGCAGAAAGGAGCAAGGAGAGACUGCUUUCAAGAAAAGGGUACUCUGACUUUGGCAUAAACAGCUCAGACGGCAAUGAAGAGGGAGUCAAAUUCAGCUGCUGUCAAUCACUUUCUGAUUGGAUCACCAACAUCUGGAAUGGGUUACAAGAUGGUGCAGUCGAGUUAUACAAUAUGGGUCGUACAGAUCCUAGGAAAGUGUUCUUCGCUAUGAAGAUGGGGCUUUCGCUUGCACUUGUUUCUUUAGUCAUUUUCUUUAAAGAACCUCUAAAGAAUGUUAACCAGUACUCUAUCUGGGCAAUCCUCACUGUGGUCGUGGUUUUUGAGUUCAGUGUAGGCGCAACACUUAACAAAGGAUUCAAUCGUGCUUUGGGGACACUUUCUGCUGGCGGGCUCGCCCUUGGAAUUUCAGAGCUCUGUAUGCUGGCAGGAGAUUUUGAGGAAGUGUUUGUCAUAAUCAGUAUUUUCAUUGCAGGAUUUUCUGCAAGUUACAUAAAGCUGUAUCCUACUAUGAAGUCCUACGAAUAUGGAUUUCGAGUUUUUCUUUUGACAUACUGCAUAGUUAUGGUGUCUGGGAAAUCAGUUUAUGUCGAAAGAGCCUUUUAUAGACUGUUGCUUAUCGCAAUUGGCGCUGGGAUAUGCCUAGUUGUGAAUAUCUGUAUAUUCCCAAUAUGGGCAGGGGAGGAUCUGCAUAAAUUAGUGGUGAAAAAUUUCAAGGGUGUUGCUGCUUCCUUAGAAGGAUGCGUCAAUGGAUACCUGCAAUGCGUUGAAUAUGAGAGAGUCCCUUCAAAAAUUCUAACCUACCAGGCUUCUGAUGAUCCGCUGUACAGUGGCUAUAGAUCAGCUGUACAAUCUAGCAGCCAAGAGGACUCUCUGUUAGACUUUGCAAUAUGGGAGCCUCCUCAUGGCCCUUAUAGAUCUUUCAAAUAUCCUUGGGAAAACUAUGUAAAAUUAAGUGGAGCACUAAGGCAUUGUGCAUUUAUGGUCAUGGCAAUGCACGGCUGCAUCCUUUCUGAAAUUCAGGCGCCGGCAGAAAAGAGACAAGUUUUUUGUAGUGAGCUUCAGAGAGUUGGUAAUGAAGGAGCUAAAGUAUUGCGGGAGCUUGGAAACAAAGUUGAAAAGAUGGAAAAGUCAAGUCCAGGAGACAUACUGCUAAAAGUACAUGAAGCAGCAGAAGAGUUGCAAAUGAAGAUAGACCAAAAAUCCUACAUUCUGGUUAAUCCAGAAAGCUGGGGAACAGACAGGCCAACAAAAGUAUUUGAAGAUUCUGAGAACUUUAAUGAAGUAAAGUACAACGAAAAUUGGGAUGCUCAAAAUUCAAACACGAGCUUUAAUUCUUCCAUACCAGAAUGGAUAUCAGAGAGUAUCCUUAGGCGACCAGUGUCAUGGCCAUCGUUUAAAGCUGGUUCAUUGCCUACUGAACAGGAAUCAAGAGUAUAUGAAAGUGCAAGCUCGUUAUCGUUAGCAACAUUUGCAUCAUUGUUGAUAGAGUUUGUUGCCAGACUUCAAAACCUUGUGGACGCUUUCCAAGAGCUUAGUGAGAAAGCAAGUUUCAGUGAAGUUACAGAUCCAUCACAAGAAAAAAUGGAGGCAGCUGGAUUUUGGACCAGACUGAGAAGGUGUUUUCAGUUUAAGAAAUAAGGUUUUGGAUGUCGUCAAGUGGGAUCUCUCCUGAAACUGUUGAUUUGAAGUUGUUCUGAGGCAAAGUGAAAAUAUAAAACCCAUCACCUCAGUAUAUAUAAAAUCCAAGAGGCAGAGCUUUAAAACAUAGCCUUGAUGUUAAAAAUAAACUUCUCUUAAUCUUAA